AUGAAAGUAACACCAAAUACGAAGAUCCCAGCAAUCUACUGGGAGAAACGGUACUCAGCACGCACCUCUCGCCUUAUUGAGUGGUGCAAGGCCAAUGAUGAAGCUCGGAUCAAGCUGUUCUCUGACUCGGCCAAAGAUGCAAAGGAAGAGGGUCGACCACGACAGCAGAUGUCCACCCAGAAGAAAAACCAUAUCCAGCAGCUGGCUGCUGCGAUUUUUACCAACGAUGAAGAUCCAACCAUUCGUGCAUUAUAUGAGGAGCACCCACUUAGCUUCAUCAAACCUGUUGAAAGUCAGUUCAUCUCGCUUCGAAAAAAGUACAAUGCUGUCAACAAAGGUCUUGGCCAAACAGGGGCUGGAGUCAAGUCUGUCGAGGAGCUGGAUGCAGACCCUUGUACUAAAAAUCUUGUCGCUCAGCUUCUUCUGCAAUUUCCAUGGUGGUCUGACCUCCAUGGAUGGUGGAGGAUGAAUCCAUCCUAUAAUACAGCAUUUUCGACAGCAGACCCUGGUCAAGAU